GGGUAUAGCACGCUCCCCUCACUCGUCGUCGACACCAUGGCCGAACAACUGCGCUUCCUGGGUUCCCUGCCUGGCCACAAGGGCUGGGUCACCGCCAUUGCCACUUCUUCCGAAAAUCCGGAUAUGAUCCUCACCGCGUCCCGCGACAAGACGAUCAUCGUCUGGCAGCUCACCCGCGAUGAGGACACGUACGGAUACCCCAAGCGCAUUCUCCACGGCCACAACCACUUCGUCUCGGACAUCGUCAUCUCGUCCGACGGCCAGUUCGCCCUCUCAUCAUCCUGGGACCACACUCUCCGCCUCUGGGACCUCAACACCGGCCAGACGACACGUCGCUUCGUUGGCCACACCUCGGACGUUCUCUCUGUCAGCUUCAGUGCUGACAACCGUCAGAUCGUCUCUGGCUCGCGCGACAAGACCAUCAAGCUUUGGAACACCCUUGGCGAGUGUAAAUUCGACAUCAAGGAUGAGGGCCACACCGAGUGGGUCUCGUGCGUCCGCUUCUCCCCCAACGUCAUGAACCCUGUUAUCGUUUCCUGUGGCUGGGACAAGGUCGUCAAGGUCUGGGAACUCUCCAAGUUCAAGCUGAAGACCAACCACUACGGCCACACCGGCUACAUUAACACCAUCUCCGUGUCUCCCGAUGGCUCGCUUGCUGCUUCCGGUGGCAAGGAUGGCAUCACCAUGCUCUGGGACCUCAACGAGGGCAAGCACCUCUACUCCCUUGAGGCCGGUGACAUUGUCAACGCCCUCGUCUUCUCCCCCAACCGCUAUUGGCUGUGCGCAGCCACCGCAAGCUGCGUCAAGAUCUUCGACCUUGAGAGCAAGUCGAUCGUCGACGAGCUCAAGCCCAGUUUCACCGAUGUCGGCUCGAACUCGAAAGAGCCCGAGUGUGUCUCAAUCGCUUGGUCAGCAGAUGGCCAGACGCUGUUCGGUGGUUUCACCGACAACCUCGUCCGCGUCUGGACCGUCACAUCCUAAAAUCCCCGCGGGGAACUGUAUUAGUGGCGGAUGUAUGCUUUACUUCUGUAGUCACAGGCAUUUCUUUGCAUCUCUUAGCAUCAAG